AUGUUUACCCUCCCAUCCGCUCGUUCGCUGCUGGCCGUUUGUCGGUCGCCGGGAUCGGUUCUCUCGCAUGCGCUGAGGCCAGCGGCUCCUUUGUUCGCAUUCUCUCGCUUUCGAUCACAGCUUGCACCGAAGCGGGUCAAAUACCUCAAGCGACACAAGGGGGUCGUUCCUGUUCCAAUUGGAGGUUCCAUCAAGGGUACAACACUGGCAUUUGGCGACUAUGGCAUUCGCAUUAAAGAGAACGGCAGAAGACUUACCGCGAAGCAGCUGACUUCAGCGGAAGAGGUGAUCAAGAGGAAAAUCAAGCCCAUUAAAGGCGCGAAGGUCUACAUGAGAGUGUUCCCAGAUAUCCCUGUCUGUAUUAAAGGAAAUGAGACACGUAUGGGUAAAGGGAAGGGAGCCUUCGAGUUUUGGGCGACACGUGUCGCCCCUGGUCGCGUUAUUUUUGAGAUUGGGGGUGCUCCCAUUCGCGAGGAGAUUGCGCGAGAAGCUCUCCGACUAGCAUGCGACAAACUUCCUACAAUAAACGAGUUUAUUACGCGAGAUACACCCCCAAGAUUGGGGAAUUUGGUGAUGUCGAGGGAGGAUUUCGCUACGCAAAAAUGCGUACCAAUCACAGCUCCGUAG